UUUGUCUUGUGUCUGGUAACUGACGACAGACAGCAGUUUAGUUCUUCCGACCUGCUCGUUCCUGUCACCUCCAAGUCACGCUGACGCCAGUCAUCAGCCAUUUCCAAUGCUCGGUGCGUGUCGGUGCGGUCUCACUUCUCCGGCAAGGAGUCGCGCAUGGGGUUGCUGCAGUCACAUUCGCCGGAGCGGUGGUCUUCCAGAACUAAUGAUGUCGCCUUCACUGCGUUGUGGAGGAUCUGGAACACUCGCUGCAUACCAAAGGCUAAUACACUCACUGUUUGGAAGGAUCAGUGGUUGGUCGUAGGUUGUAAAGAUGGGCCUUCGUAUGAGCUCUACGCGAAGAGUCUCCGUCGACUCUCACAGGCCUGCGAGCUAUUCGAGACAUUGUGCGGCUUCCGAGAGUGCUGCUGAAGAUUCCCAGAGGAACGCUCCUUGUGAGCCUACGAGCAACGACCGAGACAAGAAGAAAUUCGUUCCGUUAGACUCCCCGAAGUUUUAUCGCUCGACCGUAGAUACCGAGUUUCGCGUGUGGGAGUUCCCUGGGCUACUGUCGGAAGAGGAGUGCAGAAUUCUGAUCGAGUCAGGAGGCGGCCGAUGGCAGCGAAGCCGAGUUCAGAAAGCAAACAAAGGGGAUAGUGGACUGAGCGACUACCGGACAAGCAGCACGACUUGGAUAGAUCCUUCCAAGGACCUGAGUGCAGCUGGUAGGGUGUGCUUGAAGAUCCGAGGAUAUGCAAAAAUGAUAACAGGAAUCGAGGAUUUUGAGAGGCUUGCCACUUCAGAGCUCCAGCUGGUGAAAUACGAAGAGGGUCAAGAGUACAAAGCUCACUACGAUGGCCGCAUGCUACCAGAUGGCACGCUUGAAUCUCGUGGGACUUUUCUUGUGUACCUGAAUGAUGGAUUUGAGGGCGGGGAGACAUACUUCCCAAAUGUAGGCAUCAAGGUCAAGCCAGAGAGGGGGAAAGCUAUUUUGUGGUACACCCAUUUGACAAGUGAAGGCAUUGAAGACUCAAGGUCCAAGCAUGCUGGUUUACCAGUCAAGGAGGGGGAGAAGUACCUGUGCACACAGUGGUUCAGUCUCCCUGCUUAAGUAGUAGUUUAGAAUGUUAGAAAAAAAACGGUACGCUACAACAGGAAGUACCUAUGCAUGCACACGAUGGUUCAGUCUCCCUGCUUAGGUACCGUAAGAGCCUCGUGAAGCAGUCUACUCAUUGUAGCUUUACUUACUGUCUUGAAGAGCUGCCAAUUGUAAUUUUCAUGAGUAGAAGGCAGCAGUCCAGGCCAUCAGAGCAAGACUGUCUAGUUCAGAGCAAGUCCGUCCAGAAAUUGAC